AUGGAUGAGAAAUGCUUUAUGUGGAGUCAUGUGAGACAUUUGAGGCCAAAGGCUAGGAGGGCAACUGCUAUUACAAAGCAAGAUAGGGAGUUCGCGGAGAACCUAGAUUAUGAAGGUAUUGACUUCCCUGUAAAGAUAAGUGAUAUUGACAAAAUUGAAAGAAGAAAUUCAAUAAGUAUAUCUGUAUUCGGUUAUAAGGGCAAAAAGCAGUUCUACCCAAUCAGGAACUCAAAGACUAAAUAUGAGGAACAUAUGGAGUUGCUGCUCCUUGGUGACAAUGAAGGUGGUAAUCAUUAUGUCCUAAUAAAGGAUGUAAAUAGAAUGCUCUUCAGUGUUAGCUGUAACUCGAACAAGAAGCACUUCUGCUUGUAUUGCCUUCAUAGUUGCACUAGUGAAGAAACACUGAAGAAACAUAGUGAGACAUGUGUUAGUGUAAAUGGGACUCAAGCCACGAAGCUUCCCAAUGCUGGUUCAAAAAUAAAGUUCGGUCAUUAUAGAAAUUCAAUGCCUGCUCCAUUUGUAAUCUAUGCUGACUUUGAGUCUAUGCUUGUUCCUGAGGAAAGGAAAGUGGAAUCAGAGGGCACUGAGGAGAAGAGUUCAACAGAGCUUUACCAGACACAUAAAGCUUGUAGUUUUGGGUUGAAGACAGUGUGUCACUAUGAUGAUCAGUACUCAGGUGAAUAUACGAGUUACGUUGGUGAAGACGCUACAGAGGUCUUUUUGAAGACAGUUCUGAAGGAGUCUAUCAGGUGCCGGAAAAUGGUGAAUAAGAUCUUCAAGAAAAAGAUGGUAAUUACACCUGAACAAGAAGCUGAGUUCUGGAUGACAAGGAACUGCUCCAUCUGUGGAUGUGACUUAGGUGAUGACAGAGUCAGGGACCAUGAUCACGUAACUGGACUGUUCCGUGGAGCUGCUCAUAAUAUGUGUAACUUGAAAUAUAGAAUUACAUGGAAACUUCCAGUGGUCUUCCAUAAUCUAAGAGGUUAUGAUAGUCAUCUGAUAAUGCAGGAGAUUGGCAAGUUCAAGAUGAACAUUAACGUUGUCCCAAAUAACAUGGAGAAAUACAUUUCCUUCUCACUUGGUAAAAGUCUAGUGUUCAUUGAUUCCAUCCAAUUCAUGGCUUCUUCUCUAGAGGCACUUGUGAAUAACCUUUCACCUGAAGACUUCAAGAUAGUCGGUACUUUGAUCUAGUACGACAAAAAGGAAUAUUUCCCUAUGAAUACUUAGAUGACAUUAGUAAACUUGACACUGAGGGACUUCCAAGUAGAGAUGAAUUCUACUCGUCUCUAUAUGAGUCUAAGGUGAAAGAAGAAGAUUACCAAAGAGCUUUAAAAGUUUGGGAUCACUUCGGAAUGAAAACGAUGAGGGACUACCACGAUCUUUAUCUAGAGACUGACGUUCUUCUUCUAGCGGAUGUCUUUGAGAAUUUCAGGAAGACUUGCCUGGAAAAUUACAAGCUUGACCCUGCUCAUUACAUCUCAGCUCCUAGUCUAAGUUGGGACGCGUUCUUUUAA